UAAUUCGUAGUCAGCGGUCGUCGUAUUCGUAUCGAGUUCAACCCGCGGUCGGUAUAUGUAUUUAUAAAAUUGAAAUAUUAAAAGAAAGUGAGAAAAUAUCUGUGUUGUUUAAGGCAAUCCCCUAGGGGUCCAUCGCGAUGGCUAGGAUAACAUAUAAUUGCGUUUUAAUUGGAAUCCUUCUUAAUGUGUUAUUAACAAUAGCUGCAAAUGCAGAAAAUUCGUGCAAUGUAGGAUGUCCAAAAUCGGACGACGGACUAUUGAAAUUCACACCUGGCAAUUUCUAUGAAUAUUCCUUUGACAGUAUUUUAACUAUUGGACUGAGUAGCGGUGUUCUUAGUGAAUCCGAUGAUACCAGUUUGAAAUUAUCCGGAUCCGCAAAAGUUUUUUCGAAAGGAAAUUGUGGCUAUACGUUACAGCUAAGCUCUGUUAAAGUAUCCAACACAAAAGAGUCUGUAGAGAAAAAGAUUUUGAACAGCAUUCAAAAGCCAGUGCAUUUCACCCUGGUAAAUGGUCUUUUGGAACCACAAAUUUGCUCAGACUCCAGUGAUUUGGACUACUCCCUGAAUAUUAAGCGUGCGCUUAUAUCAUUGUUGCAAUCCGGAAUAAAAACAGAACAUGAAGUUGACGUAUUCGGUCAGUGCCCUACUCAUACAUCCACAUCCAAAGUUGGUAAUGCAAACAUAAUUACGAAAGUUCGUAACUUGAACAGCUGUGCCCAUCGUGAGCAGAUUAACAGUGGUCUGGUUUCCGGGCAGGUGAAUGAGAAAGCUGGAAUCACAUCCAGUCUGCUAUUAACGGCAAACUAUCUAAAAGAGUCGAAAGUUGUAAACAGUCUUAUUGAAAGUGUUCAACUGACAGAAGUAUACAAAUUUAUUGGAACGUCUAAGGGAAAUUCCGAAAUCAGUGCAAAGGUAGUCACAACAAUUAAACUUAAAAAUCCUUCCGGAACGAAAGCCAAUUCACCACCUACUGGAUCAACGGUCAGAAGUGUGAUUUUCCAAAGACCUGAAACAUACACGUCCAAAAAUUUGAACGCGUUAAAAGUGGUAUUGUCUGAUCUUGUGGACUCAACUGGCGAUUAUGUGAAAAAAGAAAGCGCAAAAAAAUUCGUUGAGUUUAUUAGGUUGCUCCGUCAAUCUGAUAGUGAGACUUUGAUAGAACUUGCUGCAUUUCCUCAUCCCAACAAGGUCUUGGCCCGCAAGGUAUAUUUGGAUGGCCUGUUUCGCACCAACACCGCAGAGUCAGCUCGUGUUAUACUGAAACAGCUUGGUAAAUUCGACGAGAAGGAGAAAUUACUUGCAAUACUGUCUUUAAACUUAGUUAAAGUUGUUGACAAGGAAACUCUUAAUCAAGCGGCUGCUCAGCUUUUACCCAACGCGCCAAAGGAAUUAUAUUUAUCUGUCGGUAGCCUGGUUGCUAAAUUUUGCUCUGGAAAGAAUUGCCAAGGACCGGAAAUUGAGGCCAUAUCUAAAAAGUUUUCGGAUGGUCUAAAACACUGCAAGCCGAACACUAAGAAGGAAGAAGAACGCAUAGUAUAUAUUCUAAAGGGAAUAGGAAAUGCAAAGAGCUUAGGUGGCAACACGGCUGCCGCCCUUAGUGAGUGCGCCUCCGUUGGUCGAUCUAAUCGCAUACGUGUCGCUGCCUUACAGGCAUUUUCAACUAUUGAAUGCGAUGGAACGCUGCAAGCUAAAUCCUUGGAAUUGCUCAAGAACCACAAUGAGGAUUCUGAGUUGCGCAUUGAAGCCUAUUUGUCCGCGAUUUCAUGUCCGAAUGCAGAGGUGGCUAACCAAAUUUCGGAAAUAGUCAAUUCAGAAACCGUUAACCAAGUUGGUGGCUUUAUUGCAUCUAAUUUAAAAGCCAUUCGGGACUCGACAGACAGAAGCAGAGAGAACCAAAGGUACCAUUUGGCCAACAUUCGAGUAACCAAGAAAUUUCCCGCGGAUUACAGGCGUUACAGUUUUAACAAUGAGGUUUCAUACAAACUUGAAUCCCUUGGCGUUGGAGCGAGCUCCGAUUACCAACUAAUCUAUUCGCAACAUGGGUUCUUGCCACGAUCAUCUCGUAUUAAUGUUACAACUGAAGUUUUUGGCACUAACUUCAACGUAUUUGAGGCAAGCGUUCGUCAAGAAAAUUUGGAGAAUGUUUUGGAGUACUAUCUAGGGCCAAAAGGCUUGCUUAACAAAGACUUCGACGAAAUUAUUAAGCACAUAGAAGUUGGAACCAACGCAGGUCCUGGAGCUGGUGGUCGAGCCAAGCGCUCAAUUGUCGACGACGUUGCUAAAACAUCAAAAAAAUAUAAAUCAUAUGGCAGCAAAAAUGGCCAAGAUCUAAACUUAGAUGUAUCAUUAAAACUGUUUGGUUCGGAAUUGGCGUUCUUAAGCCUUGGUGACAACAUACCGAAUACACUUGAUGACAUUAUACAAUUUUUCUCUACUUCAUUUGAAAAUGUUAAACAAGAAUUAUCUUCGUUUGAAAAGCAACUUUCCGCUCAUCACUUAUUCCUUGAUACAGACAUCGCAUACCCAACUAGCAUUGGAGUCCCUCUGGAACUCGUAGCUCAGGGCUUUGCGUCUACCAAACUUGAUCUCGCCGUUAAUCUUGAUAUCAAAGCAAUUCUGGAACAGAACUGGCAGAAAGCUAAAUACAGGUUAAAGGUUGUCCCAAGUGUUGAUGUCAAUAUGAACCUUCAGGUUGGCUUCAAUGCUCAAGUGCUGUCCACUGGUCUCCGCAUGUCAUCAACAGCACAUUCCGCGACUGGAAACGAUGUUACCUUAGCCGUCACCAAUGAUGGUGAGGGCUUUAAUGUCGACGUUGAGCUCCCCCGCGAAAAGCUCGAGCUUCUAGAUUUUAAAAUUGACACAGAACUAUAUGUAGCCGAACAAGAUAAGCAAAGAACAGUUGCUCUUAAGGGUAACAAGAAAAAUAAGAAUUCUCAGCCCAGUGAGAUAUGCUUUAAUCAAUUGGAUGUCGUUGGCUUAAACAUAUGCAUUGAGAGUUCAACCAGCUUAAGUGAACUUCAAGCUGGCAACGGAAAUGAUGCAGAAAGAGGACUUGCUGUUUCAGACCAAUUCCAUUUAUUAAGACCAUUUAGUUUUGCCAUCUACUUGACGGCUGAACGCAAAUUUACAUUCAAAGGAAUUCAUACAAAUGAGCCCUCGGGCAGUCAGAAGUGGAAACUAAACUAUUCCACUCCUGGGUCUAAAGUUUCUCAUGAUACUAGUGUAGUUUUCGAGCUCGGAUCUAAGCCAAAAACCUUUGCUAGAUUAUCCCUCGAUAAUUCUCAAUACCACUUUGGAUUAGAAACUGGAGUAAACAAUGACAACAAGGAACUGGUUGUCUAUGGUCAGUACGAACAAGAUAAGGACAUAAAAAAAAGUAAAAUUGGCCUCAGUAAGCAAGGAAAUGUAUAUAAGCCUUUAAUUGAAAUCCAAGACAAUAACGGCAUCUCGAACAGCAUAAAUGGCUAUCGAGCUGACGGGAAAAUCGUUGUUAAAAAAACCGGCGAUAAGCUAGAAAGAUAUAAUUUUGAAAACUUCCAAUUGUCGAACGCGAAUAACGCCCGCAUAGUUAUAAAUGGAUGGACGGAUGUUGGACAAAAUUCAUUCAACUCAGAGCUUACUAUAGCUUCCGAUCAACAGUCGUUCUUGAUAAAGGGAAACUUUAAGUUGGAAAAUGGUCAGUAUGCGGCAGGAUUCUUUAUAAAUGACGAACGAGCUCCAGAAAAUGUAUAUGGAAGCUCCGUACAGUUGACGGUCGCUGAUCAGUCCUAUGCUCUUAAAGCUAAUGGAAAGGCUGCUGCUUGGUCUAUUGAUACUGAUGUCGCUUUUGAUUUCCAAAAAAAAGAUAAUUCCAAUUCCUUACGUGCAGGGUCAUUUGUGCAAAAUGUUGAUGCUCAGCAUAAAAACAAGCGAGUUGGAGCAGUAAAGGUUAAGUCGACUUUUGACGUAAAUAAAUUGGAUAUCGAAGUGGAAAUUUUACGUGAACAAAAGGUUGGAUCGCUCAAUCUAAACUACAAAAGUAAUCAGCGACACGUACAAGACUAUUCUCUAGAGGCAAGUGCGAAGCUUAACAAACACUCCAUCGAUGUUGUAUCCAAGUGCGAUUUUAAUGGAAACGUUUAUGUUAUCGACAACGUUAUUACAACUAGUUGGGGAACUUCGCUAUCUGCAAAGGGUGAAUUAGGUCAACGAUACACUGCUCAAGACAUUCAUAUUGAUCUUCAAGGCAACGUUCAAAUUAGUGGAAAGGACAAAACUUCUCAAUGGAUACUUAAAGUAAUCGGAACACCUGAUAAAACCAACAGCGAGUUCAGGAUUAGCAGAGAUGCAGCAGAGCUCGUCAAAUUAACCAGUGAAUCCCAGCAUCCACAGGAUAAAAUAUCCGCGGCAAAGCUGAAUCUCAUUGUUAAGAAUCUAUUAACUGCUAAAGGCGAUUUUCGCGUCGCUAAAAAUGGCAAGGGUGACUUGACAGCCGUUUUUGAGACUCAAAAACCUGAAGCGCAGCACAAACUAGAAGUUGAAUCCAAAUUCCACAUACAGGCUCCCAAGUUCGACAUUGAUACAAGCUUAACGCUCGAUGGAGAUAAGAAAAUACAUUUUAAGUCUGAAAACAACUUCGAAAAGUUAAAGUUUUCUACUAAAAAUGCUGGUGACUGCAAUGGUAAAAAAAUUGUUUUCGAGGCUAAUGGAAAUGUUAAAGGCGAGAUGCGAGCAAAUGGCGAAAUUCAAGGUACCUUCACAUUAACGACUCCUGAAGGUCGAGUUAUCGAUGGUAGUGUCAAUCGCAAGUUGUCAACAAAUGUAAAAACUGGAAUAGCCCAAGGUAACAUGGAUGUCCAGAUUAAUGACACGCCAUCUGGUAGUAACAAAAAAAGAUCGAUCACACUGAAGGGAAAGCUUGAUCGGCUGAAUACAAAAACAAAAGAAUUUUCUGCAAACAGCAACUUAAUAUACACGACCUUGGAUGGAGAAAAGUCAGAGCUAAGCUUCCAAAUAAAGCAGCAACCUAAUGGCGAAGCUAAAAACUUAGAUUUUACCUUUAAAGCGAACGGAGCUCCACUAAACCAACCCAUUGAAGUAUCAAUUGUAUUAGGCGAGUACAGUGUACAACAUGCUGUGGUUACUAUAACAAGUAAAUAUGGUGAGGCUUUCUCAUUUAGAGCAAAUGGUAAUUACAAUAACAAACAAAGCAAUUUACCAGCAACUUACGAGCUUCAAGCUAAUCUCGACAUUCCAAAAUCCAGCUUUAAGUUCGUGGAAAUAAAAAGUCACGGAAAACUUUUGAAACCACCAACAGGCAAUGACAACGAUGUUUGCAAUAUUGAAUUCUUUGUAGAUUCCAAAACUGGUCAGGGCCAAUUUGUCCGCGUCAACACAGUAUGGAACGGGACACCAAAUGACGGAAGUUAUAAUUUUGAAGCUCAAACUAAUAACAUGGAGUCUCCAUUAAAAUUAAAUGGGAACUUCAAGAGAGAGCAAACUGGCAGCUUAAAGGAUGGUGACCUCAACGGAAAGCAAAAGUACACAUUUAACGCCCAAUACGGAACGAAUUUCGUAAAGUCAGAUGCAUCCCUGACUUAUGGUACUGAGAAAGUAGAUCUGGAAUAUGUUCUAGAUUCGAGCUUCGAAUCAGCAAAGGACAUUAAAAUCAAUAUCCAUACUUUUAAAUCUGUCGAUGGCUCGACAUACGUAGCUAACGUUCAAGCCAAACAAGCUGAUAAGUCAUACGGGUUAGAUACAAAAUUGUAUCGUUCGGCACAUAAAAAAGGAGUUGAUAUUCGAUUGGAUUUAUUGAAGGAAAAGCCUAUUAUAAUCACGAGCAUUGCCGAAAUAUUAGGAGAGCGAAAGGGAAAGGUAAUCCUAGAAAUACAAAACUUAGCCGAACUGGACCUAAAAUUCAGCAGUGAAGCUUCUUACGUCAAUAUAGAUGAUUUUUAUAUUGUUGGCAGCUGGAGCUCAAAGAAAUUAAAACUUGAUGGUUAUGAACUUGAUGCAAGAGCACAAGGAAAGAACAUUAAAGUUCAACUUAAGAAUGUGAACGGCGUAAUAUUCUUGGGCACAGCCACAUAUGCACUUAAAAAAGAACAAAACAAAUCUAUUAUUGAUGGCCAAGGCCAAGUGCAGUAUCAAGGAAAAUCACAUUCUGGUAAUUUUAAGUUGACCAGACAAAACUUUGACAUCAAUACCGAUAAAGAGGUUGGUUUCUCGUAUACAUUUAAUGGUAAUUUUGGAACCAAAAACGGCCUAUCCACAAUAAAAAUUACUAACAAAGAAUUUAACACGAAGUUCUCUAUUUGCGAAGAAAAGAAGCAGUGCACAAACAUUCAAGUGCAAUCAUUCGUUAGCAUAGAUGAACAACAACUGGAUGCUGUAGAACAUUCCACCCUUAUUCUUGUUGAUCUACGUGAACUUGGAUAUCCAUAUGAGUUUGAGUUGAAGUCUCAGAAUACACGGCAAGGAUUUAAGUAUCAAUACCACCUUGACAGCUUCAUUAUUACCGGAAAAAAUUUCAAGUACCAACUCACAGCCAACAUUCAGCCCACGUCAAGCACUAUUAAAGUAACACUUCCACAGCGUCAAAUUUUGUUUGAAACCAAGCAGCAGACUCCAGCGGAUGGAAACAUUUUUGGCCACUAUGAGCAAUCAGCUGCAUUCUUUAUUGAUAAACUGCAAAGACCGGAUGACGUUGUUCGCGUUUCUGCUGUUAUGGAUUUAUCGGGUAUCGAUCGCGUUGCUUUCAACGCCAAUGGACAAGUUAAGCUUGAACAUCCGACUAUUCGUCCACUAAGUGUUUCUGGACGACUAAACACUAACAUUGAUAAAGAACUCGCAAGUGCUGAAAUAAUAUUCGAUAUUUUCCGAUUGCCGGAACAAAAGGUGAUUGUAAACAGCGAAAUACGAAACUCUCGUUCUAAAAAUGGUUUCAAUAUUGUUUCUACGUCAUCUGUAAAGUCUGCCGGACUUCAGUUCCGCUAUCAACUAAACAGCAACGCGGCAAUUGAUAUUGAAGCCCAUGAGUACAAUCUUGGCCUGGAAGUUAAUAACGGCGACGUCAAUGUUAAGGCAGUAUCCUCUUUAGGCAAGGAAAAACUAGAAAUCGCUUUAACUGAAUCAAACAAACAGCUUCUUCAAAUUCUCGGGGACUUUAAUAGGCAAAAACGUUAUGCCAAAUUCAUUGCUAAGGUCCAAGUUCUUGAUAAAAAUGCCAUUGAAAUUAUAAGCGAGAUUCAAACCACUUCCGCAAAGAUUUCAGUGAAGCGUCAAGAUUUUAUUGAUGGAAAUGCAGAAAUCAAAUUGGGCAAGGAGCUUAAAUUCGAUGUUACUGGGAGCGGCAAACCACUAUUAAAUGGACGUGUGUCCUUAGAUGCAACCAACUUACUACAAACUAACUAUUUGAUUAAUGAAGAAAACGUCAAUGCCUUUUUGGUCGAUGUUAAAACGGAAGUUAAUAAAGACACUGAUUAUUUUGCUAAAAAUAUUAAGGAGAGGUUUGAGAAACUGCGACAAGCCACAGAUGAAAAUGUUAAAUUGGCAACCGAGGCUUUGCCAGAUUUUUCAAAACUUAAUGGUAGAGUUGUCGAAAAUACUAAGGGACUUAUUAAAGAGCUUGAAGCCGAUCCAUCAAUUGCACCGAUUAUUGAUGGCAUACGCACACUAUUUGAGAAAAUAUCUGGUAUAGUUGAUGACCUAAGCAAGGCAAUAUCAGAAACAUUUGAGAAAGCAUCCAAGUCAAUUGUUGAAAUAUAUGAGAAGUUGCAGGCUCUUUGGAAGGACUCGCUUCUUAAAGCGUGGGAGGAUUUGAUUUUGACUGCUAACAAAUUAUUUGGUCAGCUGUAUAAUGAGAUUAUUAGUGUUUACACGAAGGCAUUUAAAAACGUUCUUUCUGCGCUGGAGAAGUAUGGACCAACACUGAAAAACUACGGAAAAGCCAUCGCUGAAACUUUGAAACCAAUUAACGACGCAUCUCAAGAACUAAUUAAGCUCUUGGUUCACUCUGCUGAAGGAUUAAUCGAUGAAUUUAAGCAGUAUUUCGCGAACCUUCCGACAUUUGAAAGCAUACGCAAUGAGUUUAAUGAAAAAGUUAAAAAUCUAAAACUUAUUGAAAAGGCUAUAGACUUUGUGAACAGUCUUUUUGAUCAGUUAAAUAUUUUACCACAAACUCAGGAGACAACAGAAUUUCUACAAAAACUGCACGACUAUUUAGACGCAAAACUAAAGCAACAAAAAGUGAAUGAUGAAAAGUCUCUUGAAGAGCUUGGUAAGCUUUUGAUUAAGGCCGUGCGCUCUAUUUGGGCCUCAAUUAAGAGUGCUGCUCCAGGGCCAUCUGCACAUGCAAUUGAUUUGCAAACAUGGUUUGGAUCUCUGGCGCAUUCUUUAGACUCCUUGGCUGUUCUUCCCACUAUCUUUUCAUUCCGUUCCAGUAUCUUAAACUAUCUGUUGAAUGAGAAUUGGGAGGCUGUAUUCUCCAAGAAUUUACUAAACUCAUGGAUUUUCUUUAAUGACUUUGAGCUCCGAGGCCAUGUCGUUGAUGGUCAGCAUGUAUUCACAUUCGAUGGUCAGAAUUACGCUUACCCUGGAAACUGCAAAUAUAUUCUGACCCAGGACAGUGUGGACAACAACUUCACCGUAAUUGGUCAGCUGGCAAAUGGAAAACUAAAGGGAAUCACGCUCGUAGAUCGUGAUGGUAACUACGCCGAAGUAGCCGACAAUCUUGCACUCAAAAUAAACGGAAACUUAGUUGAGUACCCACAACACUUGUCCGGUCUUCACGCAUGGCGCCGAUUCUACACUGUUCACUUACACUCAGAGUAUGGAGUAAGUGUAGUGUGUACUACGGAUCUAAAGAUAUGCCAUUUCAACGUAAAUGGCUUCUACACAAGCAAGACGCGAGGACUUCUCGGCAACGGCAACGCAGAGCCAUACGAUGACUACUUGCGAAUUGAUGGCACAAUUGCCGCAGACUCGGCCGCUCUAGGCAACGACUACGGAGUUGGAAAAUGCGCAGCAGUAGCAUUUGACAGUAACCAAGUCAACAGCCAGAAACGCGAAGAAAUAUGUAGUGAAUUGUUCGGCCUUGAAUCACCGCUUGCUGUCCAUUUCCUUGCCGUUGACUACAGACCUUACCGCAGGGAGUGUGAUAUUGCUCUUGCCAAAGUGGCUGAAAAGGAUAAGGAGGCAGCUGCUUGUACGUUUGCGUUAGCUUACGGUUCCGCUGUGAAGCAAAUUAACAAGUGGGUGCUAUUACCACCUCGUUGCAUUAAGUGUGUUGGGCCUGUUGGACAACGCGACUUUGGAGAUGAGUUUACUGUGAAGCUGCCAAACAACAAGGCGGACGUUGUGUUCGUCGUUGAUAUGAAUGUUACACCAUCAAUCCUGUCCAAUCUUAUAGCACCUGCCAUCAAUGAUAUUCGCGAAUCACUAAGAAGCCGUGGCUUUACAGAUGUUCAAGUAGGAGUUGUUGUAUUUGAUGAAUCUAAACGAUAUCCUGCUCUUCUUACAAGUGAUAAUGGUAAAAUCAACUAUAAGGGAAACCUUGCAGAUUUCAAGUUCAAUGGAAUAAAGAAUUUCUGUGACAAUUGCGUUGAGCAAAUUAUAACUGAAAAAAGAGUCCUGGAUAUUUACAAUUCAUUGAAGGAAAUUUUCAAAGGCAUUGCACCCCAAGCCGAUGAAAAGGCGUUCCAGUUGGCAAUAGACUAUCCAUUCCGUGCUGGUGCUGCAAAGAGCAUUAUCGGUGUGCGAAGUGAUUCAUUGGAAUAUAAAAAUUGGUGGAAGUUUGUUCGAGCUCAAUUGACUGGAUCCGUUACCAAGUUUGAUGGUGCGCUUCUUCAUCUUAUUGCCCCAGUUAAGGCGCUUACAUUAGAAGGAGUGCCCGCUGAAAAACUAAUCGGCUUCAACUCUCGUCUGGUAGCUACUGUAGAUGGCAAAGACAACAAGAAGCGGACCAAGCUGCAAUUCGAUAAUGACAUGGGAAUUGAUUUUGUCCUCAAUAACGGUGGUUGGGUGUUUGCAACACAAAAUUUUGAAAAGUUAAAAGAAUCGGACCAAAAGAAAAUGUUAAAGCAGAUUACAUCAUCGCUUGCUGAUACUCUCUUUAAAACCGAAAUCGUUAGUGAGUGCCGCUGUCUACCGGUUCAUGGCUUACACGGCCAACAUAAAUGCGUCAUCAAAUCAUCGUCAUUUGUUGCGAACAAGAAGCCCAAAGCUGCCUAAAAUGGUUUCAAGUUUAAAAUUGUCAUCCUGACAUCAAAUCAUGAGAUGCAAGAUUCUUUAACCUUAAUAUAAGUCAUCGAAAUAAAUGAAUAUAAACGUA